AUGACGCUGCUACCUAGUCUUUGGGUGCCAAAGAUGCCCCGACUUUUGGUGGCAAUAGACUCCAUUGCUCAGGUGCAGGUGCCCAGGGGUGCAACGCACUUUGUGGCCUUUGCUCAUGGCCCAGGUGUGCUUGGUUCUGAACCCAUUGCUAGCCUGAGGAUUCAGGAUCUCCGCCCUCCCACAGUGAUGCCCUUGUCCAUCAUCGUCAACGAUUUCAGCGAGGAAUCAGGCGUGGCCUCCUUUUCCUUCUCCUUCCAGCCGGGGCGGUGUCAGAUUGACGGCGAUGAGACAUGCGACGCUGGAAGCGGCUUUGCGCUCUACUGGGUGGUGAAGGGUCAGAAGAUGGGCAAAGCGCUAUGGACCUCGGAGACUGAUCAGGUCAGCUUGGCGGCAGUUGCGGCAGCAAGACCACCCUUGGCGACAGCUGUGAUGGUGGUGGCGCGAAAUGCCCAAGGAGAAAUGGAUGUGGGACCAACGGCAGCGUUGCCAUUACAACAUAAUAUGGACGACGAAGAAUAA